CCCCAUCACAUUCAACUUUCGAUGGCUGGAUCACAUCAUCGCCCUGCUCACACCCGAGAUGCCAUGAGACGCAGCCGCGGACAUCGUCUUAGGGAGCGUCGGAACAUAUCAGGCACAACGUCAUCUUACGGGGAAUCAGGCUCAAAAUCAUCGCUGGACAUCACACAAAAGCUUGAAAAGAAGCUUGCGGAACUCAACGCCUCAGAAAAUGUAUUCAAGAGAUGGAUUUACGAGAUUGUCACAUUAUCGAUAGCGGCAACCUGUAUGGCCGCAAUCGUGGUCAUUCUGCUCGAUAUUCACGGAAAGGACUUAGUUGGAAGGAGUGAAGGGAUCACUGCAUUUACAGUACUGUCAAAGAUCACCUCUGCGGCUCUACUGUUGCCUACUUCUGAGGCACUAGGACAAUUGAAAUGGAAUUGGUUUCACGGCAAUAAGUCAUGGGAAAUUUGGGACUUUGAAAUAUUCGAUAAAGCCUCAAGAGGAGCAUGGGGAUCAGCCUUACUGUUAUUUCGAACUAAAGGAAGGUCACUCGCGGCACUUGGCGCAAUCUUGACGCUCUUGCUUAUUGCAAACGAUACAUUUUUCCAGCAAGUGCUGAACCUUCCACAAGAUUGGUCUCUUCAAAGCACUGGACAAAUCUCGAGGACGAUUCACUACGUUCCUCCAAAUAUAAUGAUCUAUAAAGACAACCUAGAUAUGGCUCAGCAGCUCAGCACAACAUCACAGAUAUUGACACAAUAUCUUCUCUCCAAUGGUACCUAUCCAACUGCUGUAGACGAUGGUGUAAGACCCGACAUACCAAUUUCUUGCCCAACAAGCAAUUGCACAUUUCCUAGGUACAAAACUCUGGGAGUUUGCAGUCAGUGCAAAGAUGUGACUCCAAUGUUGGGAUUUGGUUGCAAGACUGCAACAGCAGACUGGAUCAGCAACAAGACCCGCGAAGAUGAUCAGAAGAGUGAGAUGUGUGGAUACUUUUUCAACAUCACGGACGAAAAUCCAAUGUUGAUGUCUGGUUAUCUUACUGCAAAUAUCAACUCCUCAGGGAGCCACGCUGAGGCCGGCGAGGCCCUCAUUCUCCGGUUUCUUCCGAUGAUUGCCACUCCGGAUAAAGUACCUCUGUGGGAUAGAUCUCUCAGUUUUAAAGACAUCCGCAACCCUAUAACUGACGUUGUAGUCGUUGGGUCAGUUGAUGGUGUUUCAGGAACCUUCCAAAACAAAACUCCGGUUGCUACAGAAUGCAUGUUAUCUUGGUGUGUCAAGGAGAUAGAAUCCUCUUACGCGUACGGUGGCUAUCGAGAGAAGAUUGUCAAUACUUUCACCAAUUCGACACCUGGGCCAUUUCCUUGGACUUCCGAGAAGGUAUAUGGUCGUGUCAAUGGAUCCAUGGUUACCUACAAUGAGAAUGUAACAAUAACAAUACCGGGCGACAAUCAGACAUUCUGGUUGAACAGUACAACCCACGAAGGCGUCAGCACUGCUUUCGACGAUUAUUUUCCGUCAUUUUUGACUGUCCCAAAGGGCUCAUCGGAUGCCAUUCUGCGACAAAUGACCUAUACUGCAGGCCCGCCAUACACAAGACGAUUGCCGAUGAGCAUGUGGAGACCUCCGAAUAACAUAACGGAUCAUUUCGGACGAAUAGCCACUGAGAUGACGAAUGCUAUACGCUCGACAAGACCAUAUGAUAUGGUUGAAGGACCGGCUUACAGUCUCACAACCUUCAUUCAAGUCAAGUGGGAAUGGCUAAUAUUUCCCUUCGCUUUGUUAUUUCUCUCUAUCGUAUUCCUCGUCGCAACGAUAGUGAAAACCGAGAGAGCAAAGGGCGAUCUUGGCCCUGGGGUUUGGAAGACUUCAACCAUGCCCGCCCUGAUCUAUAGCCUUCCGAGCGACGCUCAAAAACAGGUCAAAGUUCCGUGGUCUGUAGACAAGGCUUCAGAAGAUUCUCGUAAGCUAAGGGUGAAAUUGCACCCGGAGAAGGGAUGGAGGAUAUCAGGGCAAAUAUAUAGUCCAGUUUCACCAGUCAUAGUCUGCCACUCGAAUAAACCUCCUCCAGGCUGGAUAUAA